CAGUCUUUAUCUGUAUUGCACGUUGACCAGACAUAUUAAUAACGAAUAUAAAUAGUUAUAUUAUUCAAAUAUUGUACAUAUAAUAUUUAUAUAUUUUAUGUGUUUUGGUUGUAAUCAAAAUGUUAACAAUAAUCUUACUCAUUAUUUUGAUGUUGUGCUCACUUCAUUUUUUAUUCUAUCACAAUAAUUUUGCGAAAUCAUUACUGAUUGUUCCCGGUCCUCCGAUUAAAUUUUUUGUUGGAAAUUCUCUCGACAUACUUCUGACACCAGAGGAACUGUUUAGCUUAUCAUAUCGAUGGGUAUCCUUAUAUAAAGGAAUAUUUAGGUUCUACGCAUAUUUUCAUGGAGCUGUGUGUAUAUAUAACCCGGAUGAUAUCGAGAUUAUACUUUCAAGCAUGAAAUAUCAUGAGAAAAGUUUUAUAUAUACAUUCUUGAAACCGUGGCUUAAAGAAGGGCUUCUGUUGAGUAAUGGUUCCAAGUGGCAACGUCGAAGAAAGAUAUUAACAUCAGCUUUUCAUUUUAAUGUUUUGCAAAAAUAUUAUCCUGUAUUAGAAGACAAUAGUCAGCGUUUGAUAAAGGCUCUAGAUAAAACGAAUGGAGAAAUUAUUGAUAUAAUACCUAUUUCAUCUGAAUAUACUCUUAACACAAUAUGCGAAAGUGCCAUGGGUACACAAUUGAAGGAGGAAGCAGCUGGUGCAGGAAAAUUAUAUAAAGAAGCAAUAUAUGAAGUAACUAACACGAUCGUACAAAGAUUUUCCAAUUUAUUAUUGCAUCUGGAUUUAAUUUUUAAUAAAACUUCAGUUGGGAAAAAACAAGUAAAAUACCUAGAGGUUAUUCGAAAUUUUACUGAAAUUGUUAUAAAAGAGCGAAGGAAAACAAUUGCAAUGCCCUCAAUGAUAGAAAAUGACAGCGAAUUAGAUGAAACAAGGGAGAAGAAUGAUUACCUGUCCAGUAAUAAAAAAAAAGAAAGAAACGCCAUGUUAGAUCUCCUGAUUUCGGCUGAAAAAGACGGCUUAAUUGAUGAUGCCGGUAUUCAAGAAGAAGUCGAUACGUUCAUGUUCGAGGGAUACGAUACAACAGCGACUGGACUAAUUUAUUGUUUGAUGAUGUUAGCGAACGAACAAGAAGCUCAGGACAAAAUUGUAGAAGAACUGAAUAGCAUAUUUGGAGAUGAUAAGCGCUCAGCCACCAUCGAAGAUCUGAAUAAGAUGAGAUAUCUAGACUGUUGUAUUAAAGAAUCUUUACGACUUUACCCCCCUGUACCCUUUAUAAGUCGGAAAGUAAACGUAGACACUGUCUUAAGUGGCUACAAAAUACCAGCCGGUACAUAUUGUCACAUACAUAUUUACCAUUUACAUCGUCACGAGCAUUUGUUCAAGAACGCUCUUAAGUUUGACCCAGAUCGAUUUCUCCCUGAAAACAGUGUAGGACGACAUAAUUACGCCUAUUUACCAUUCAGCGCAGGACCGAGAAAUUGUAUUGGUAUGUACAUAAUAUAA